AUGCCUUCCUUGAGAGAUGACCCAGACAAGUGCCACGGCCAAGUCACUGCCAUCUUCUCUACCCAUAACCCUACCUGGCCUGACAUCCAUGUCCUCCUAAACGCCCUCUUUAACGAGGCUGAAAAGGCAGACAUCCUAGCCAAAGCAGGGGAGGCGCUGGAACUCCUGGACUAUCAGGCUGGCCGACCCGCACGGGUAGCAGCACUCACCACCCAGGUCUUAAGAAACGAACCGUCUUGGGACUACAACACCACGGACGGGACCUGGUGUUUGAAUUUAUUCAAAAAAGCCAUAUUGGACGGAAUAAAAGCUGCUGGUCAGCGCACCGUCAAUUGGACAAAGGUCCAAACAGUAUUACAGGGACCGAAUGAACAACCCUCAGAUUACUACACCAGGCUGAUAUCAGCUAUUAAAAAAUGGGGAGGAAUAGACCCAGAAAACACCCGACACAAGGUUAUUGUAAAGGGCUUCUUUAAAGACCAAGCUAGCCCAGACAUCAGGAAGGCUCUUAACCUCCAAAUCGGUUACGACGGGAAAAGCAUAAGUGAGAUCCUGUCAAUAGCUAAGUCUGUGUACAACUCCCGGGACGAGAGGAAACGUAAAAAGCCCAAGCAGGAGAAUGAACAUGUGUUAGCCUUGAGUAUGGAACCCAACCCCAACCAGGAUAGGGGUACCGGACAAGGAAGGGGGUCCGGGGAGGAGGACCCCCUAACCCCUACAGACAGUGGGGGCCCACCACCGGAGAAUGUUAUAAUUGCCAAGAGGAGGGGCACAUAA